ACGUCAAGUAAACACUGGACUCGAACGUUCUGUCAUUCCGAGGCGACGGGCCCAAGCUGACGGGCCCGCAGGCCCUGGGGGGCGCACUCUCCUGUCGCAGUCGGCCACUGCGGGGCCGUGGGCCUUGGGGCAGGACCCCUCGCGUGCUUGGGAAGGGAGCUGAGUUUCCCUAGGGGCUCUAUUUUUUGUGACCACAAUGAGAAAUUUAGACAGUGAUGAUCAGUUAACUGACAAGCUUCACAAGCCCAAGAGAUCGAAAGAAUGGUUUGAACCACAGCCACUUUCUUUUAUGGAGGCAUUAGCUAAAGAAGAUACUGAUGCAGCUAUUCAAUCAAUAUUAUAUAGAGAAAAUUAUGUGAUUAAGGAACUAGAUAAGUAUUUACAACAUCAUGACUUCUUAAAGGCAAGGAGAAAAGAGAUGUUACAUAAAAGAUGGGUUGACCAUGUUGCACAUCCUCUCCAGAAGAAGAUUAUAGAAAAAGUUGGUUCAUAUAAGAAGAUUAAAAAAAGGAGACAAGAAGAAUUAGAUGGUUUUUUAAAAUAUGUAAAUAAAAAGGGAAAUGUAUUUAUAGAACAUUAUGAUCCCAAAGAAUAUGAUCCUUUUUAUAUGAGCAAAGAGGACCCGAAUUUUCUGAAGGUUACCAUUCCACCAUUUCGUGAUCCUUUGAAAAAGGCACAAUAUGACAAAGAUGAUGAAAAAAGAACUCUUCUUCAGUGUGAGACUGGCAAAAUAUAUACAAUGAAAGAAUUUAAAGAGAUUGAAAAGGCCAAACUGCAUUCCAGAUUCCCAAGAAUUUCUAAUUCAAGGCACUUUAUGACUCCAAAUGAGUGGCUUAAGCUGCCUACAACUUACAUAGAAAGUGAAUUUUGUAAAAGGAGCAGGUUAAAAGUGAAAAUGAAUUUUAACGAUUGUAGUUUUGAUAUGAAACCCUUGACAAGAGUUCCUCAUUCUGUGGAGGCUCAGCAAGAAGAAAAAGCAGUUAUUUCCAAGUUUUAGCAACCAAGGAGUGUACACCCUGAUCCUUGAUUGGUGAGGGACACAAAAGAAGGCUGCUCUGGAGGAAGUCAUCUGCCCGUGGGACUCGCUCAUGGUGAGGACCAAGGAAGGAGCUCAACCACUUACCUUCUGAGUUCAGUGUCUGUCUGAUAGUUAAGGAAUCACAAUACCAUGUAUUGAUGGCUAUUGCCAGUGUAUUUUCUGUAAAUGUUAAAUAUUGCCUGAAAAAUCCAAUAAAAAUAAUGAUAGCUA